UCUUGGGAGAGGAAGGGGUCCCAAUCCUGCCUCUGCGGGGAAGGGCCCUGCUGGGCUGUGCCAGCCUGGGGCUGGGCACAGGGGCCAGGAUUGGGGCCUCACAGACCCCGGCCCCUGCCCCAUCUCACGCCUGUGCCUGCUGCCUUGCAAAGCUGUCACGGGCCGUGAUUUAUGGCCCUGGGGGGUGAUGGAGCUGGGCGGGCGGCGGGGGAGCCACAGGCCAGGCUGAGCGCUGGCCGGAUCGGAGGCAGCAGCCCUCUUCCCCAGACCACCUGCCCCCGUGGCCCUGCACCCGGUGCCACCCUGAGCAUGGCCCAGCAGCCACCGGCCCCGUGCCUAGGGGGCCCAACCCCACCCCGCCGCAGCUCCCACCCGGCUGAGCCCCCGGCCCUGCCACGGGGCACAGAGGAGGGGCGCCUGCCCACCCUGCCCACACGCCGUGGCAGCCUGGCGGUGCCCAUGGCCAGCCGGCGCAGCUCGGUGGUGCUGGGUGGGGGUGCAAAGCGGCUCUCCAACGGUCCGUGGGUACCGGGGGCCCGCGUCAGCUUCUCGGGCCUGCCACUCUUCCCGCCCGUGCCCGAGGCCCGGUGCCAGAACACCUACCGCACGCGGCCAGCACCGGGCUGCCGCUUCCACGCCGCGCCGGCCCAACAGGCGCUGGAGGCCACGCUUGCCGCCUGCCUGCAGGACGUGGCCUAUACACCCAGCGCGGGCGGGCAGCUGGCGCAGAGCCUGGCCGAGCGGCUGCGGGGGAAGCUCAAGGACCUGGCACCGCCACGCUACAAGCUGGUGUGCAGCGUGGUGCUGGGGCAGGCGGGGCGGCAGGGGCUGCGCGUGGCCAGUCGUGCUCUCUGGGACCCCGAGAGUGACACCUUCGCCUCCGCCACCUUUGCCAACGCCUCCCUCUUCGCCGUGGCCACCGUGCAUGGGCUCUACUACGAGUAGCAGCUGCAUCACGCCGGGGCCAUGCCCCACCAUGCUCCAGCUGCAGUCCUGGGGCCGCUGGCAAUAAAGAGGAUGCUGCCCCCGA